UUUCAGGUUUCCCCACCAGAGAUAGUGUUUCAGAACUUCGUCACUCAUGAGGUCUCUGAAAUGGUACUGUAUCUCGUUAAUAAGGACAAGUUUCCUCAGAUGGUGAAGGUCUCCAUGGAGAGCUCACCUUACUUCCAGCUCAUGUGCUCCAACGAUGCGUACCGUAUCGUGCUGCCGGGCGCGUCUGCCCCUGUGCGCAUCCGCUUCACCCCCGGCGAGAACAAGGAUUAUUCCCACAAGCUCAUCUGCGUCACUGCAAAGAAAAGGAUAGUUGUGCCAAUUCGAGCCAUUGGUGCCCGAGCUAUCCUGGAGCUCCCUGACCAGCUGGACUUCUCCGUAUGUCCGGUCAAGUGCAGCACCCAGCAGACUCUGCUGCUUCGCAAUGUUGGUAACAAGGAAGCUCAUUACCAGCUGAGCACCCAGAGUCCUUUCUCCGUGGUACCAGCCACAGGAACUCUGGAUGCUGGUGACACCAUGCAGGUGACAGUGGGAUUUCACCCGCUGACAACUGGUGACCAUUCCGGGUCCCUGUGCUGUAACACAGGGGAAGAAAGUAUCUACACAAACCUCUACGGAGAAGCUGUAGAUGUCAACGUUGGGUUGACCACAAAUUCCGUGGAGAUGAAGAAGACUUUCAUCGGCAUGUCAAACUACGCAACUGUGUUCAUUGAAAACACAAGUAACAUCACAGCCCACUUCCAGUGGAAGGCUUUUCCCACUGAGGAAGACGAGAAUGAAGAGAAGAGGAGGCAGUAUUUGCUGCAGCCGCCGAAAGAGGUGUUGCUGGAAAAUUUAACGGAGGAGAAAAAAGUAGAGAAGGAGAAGGGCUCUUUUGAAGACCCCAUGCUGUUCUCUGAUGAAAUUUUUUUCAUUAAGCCAAUGGAGGGAGAAAUUGGGCCAAAUCGUUUGGCUGAAAUCCAGGUGACCUUCAGACCCCUAGAGGCACUAGAGUACCAAAGUAUGGCUUACUGCAACAUCUCAGGCCGUGAGAGCAGGCUGCCCCUGCACCUCAGAGGGGAAGGCCAAGGACCCUUGGUUGAACUCAGCUCUCGUUCACUGAACCUUGGGACCAUUUUUGUCGACACCUCCCACGUCUGUGAGGUGGAACUGAUUAACCAGGGAGCUCUUGAUGCUCCCUUCGCCUAUAUCCCGUCAACCACAAAUGUGGGCUCCUGCUUCAAAUUUCUACCCAAGAAAGGCAUCAUUGCACCAGGUGGGAUCCAGACUGUUGAGAUCUCCUUCAGUGCCACCGUGCUGGGGAGCUUUGAGGAAGAAUUCCAGUUCAGUGUGGCUGGAUCUCCUACACCUGUGAUCCUCACCAUCAAGGGAUGUGUCUCUGGACCGUGUUUACAGUUUGAAGUUGAUGAGCUCAACUUUGGUGAGAUCUCCUUUGGCUUUCCCUACACGCAGAGCUGUCGCCUCACUAACAUCUCCCCGGAGCCUCUGACGUUCAAGCUCCGCAUGUCGGACGAUGGCACGCAGCCUGCUGUUGACAGCAUUGAUCAAAUACGCAACGACAGUGACCCAGCCUGGAGGAAUGGAAUUCAUUUUUAUGUGGAGCCCAGGGAGUUUACAAUGAAUCCCAGCCACGGGACCAUCCUCCCCCAGGGACACCAGGAUAUCGAGGUGACCCUGUGUUCCAACACUGUGAUGAAUUUCUACCGGAAAAUGGUGGUGGACGUGGAGGGUAUUGGCAAGGGAGCAGCAUCAUUGGUCAUCACAGCCAGAUGUCUCGUUCCUAAGCUGCGAGUGUGCCCUGAAAUCCUGCUAUACGAUGAGUGCCAGCUGAAGGUGCCGUACCAGAGGAAGUUCCUCGUGGCAAAUGACACCGACCUUCCUGGCUGCUACGGGCUGAUUCCCCAGGAACGCAGGAAAGACUCUCCUGUGUUUUACUCCAGCCCCAAACCCUGUGGGAUUGUCCAGCCUCACAGCUUUGCAGAGAUUCCAGUUACAAUCGAAGUCCAAACACUGGGCAAGCACUGCACUAACGUUCUUAUUGGCGUGUUCGGGGAUGAGAGAAACCCACUGAGACCAGAAUUACGGAGCUCUGGACAGCUGGCAGAAAUCUACCCAAGUCCAAGGCUGAUAGAGUUUGGCAAGAUCCCAGCACUACAGCCUACUUCACGAAGUUUUGUGCUCUUCAACGACAGUCUUGUCCCUACAGACUUCAGGAUGGAGAUUCCUCGCAAACCCCACUGCUAUGCCAUUGAACCCAAAGAGGGAGUGAUCCCUGCUAGGGGUGAGGUGCCUGUGACUGUCACAGCAACCCUGGAUGACACCGGGCUUUUUGCUAACCCUGUCCGGCUGUUCAUUGGGAACAGCCUUUGGACCGCCUUCGGGCUGGUGGCUUUGGGCACUGGCACCACAAUUGUCAUAGACAAACCAUUCGCCCCGGAGCUCAACUUGGGAUACCAAUUCAGCCUCGUUCCCUGUAUUCAUCAGUUCAAAGUAACAAACCGGGGCCAGCGUUUCCAUCGGCUCUUCUGGAGUGUGGAAUGCUACAGCCCACCUGAGGAGGAGGGCCAGAGUGCGUCAGCCCUCAGUAGCCCCGAGGAUGAUUCCCAGAGCCUCAAACGUGCCAGCCCCGUGUUUGGGCUGGAGCCACUGUCGAUGGAGCUGCAGCCAGGCCAGUCUGUGGACAUGGUGCUGCGAGGCUUCUCCCACAUCCCACAGGAGGUGCAGGCUUAUGUGAUGUGUGAAGCUGUCAGUGGGACAGCCAGCAGGACAGAGAAGAUAAUAGAAACAGUCCUUACUUGCGAGUUUAUUCACCCCUCUAUAGAAGUAUCAGCCAGACAACUCUCUUUCCGCGUGGACAAGAAACCCAGUGAUGUCCUGACUCUGCAGUACCAGCCUUUGACUUUAAAAAACACCUGCCUGCUGCCACUGGACCUUAUGCUGGACUUGGAGCAGCCAUUCCUGGUCUGUGAUAAGGACCAGCAGCCCCUCCCAGAUGGCCAGCCCGUGAGAGUGGAUGUAGGGGAGACCUGUCAUCUCUACAUCUCAUUCGACCCAGCUUAUGAACUGGAUUUGAAGAGCUGGAAAAAAGAGACGGUUCUGAACAUAGACAUGGUCAGGGGCCAUCCUUUUGUGGAGCGUAUCAUCCUUCGGGGAGAAGUGCACUUCCCAAAUCUCGAAAUCCAGCCCAGCACCCUGGAGUUUGGCUGCAUCGUGGCUGGCACUGAAGAAGUGCGUUCUCUGGAGAUGACCAACUGCAGCCCACUUCCCGUCCAGUACCACUGGGCAUUCCAUUCCAAAAGCCAGGUUUACAGGCUGAGGUAUGUGCACCUUUGCCCUCUCCUUGAAGCUCUUCUUCCUGGUGUCCUGUUUGUGCCGCCACAAACUCCUGGAGGGUAUUACAUCCCACUAGGGUUGGUAGGAAUCACAUCCUCCAUGGAUGUACUGCACACUCCCCUCGAAGCAGAGGAGGCUUUCAGUAUCCUGCCACUGUCAGGUGUGCUGCAGCCAGGAGAGAGCCAGCAGGUCUCCUUCACCUUCUCUGGCCACUUCAACAUCAUCUCCAAUGUCACGGCGCUGUGCCACGUGGAGGGAGGCCCCACCUACGAGGUGGUGGUGACUGGGGAGGCCUCACAUGUCAGCUACUCCCUGAGCCCCCGGGAGAUCAAUUGUGGCUUACAGAUGUUUAAUGAAAUUCAUCACAGAAAGGUCACCCUGGAGAACACUGGCAAGAUUGAAUUCAACUGGGUGCUAAACCCUAGCCCUGCAGACCAGCAUCUGCCUGGUGUGUUUCUGGUCAAGCCCACCACUGGCUCCAUUGCCCCUGGCGUGAAGCAGGUGCUGGAAUUCUCUUACAUGCCAGGAUUACCAGGAGCCUUCAGCAGGACUUACCAGCUUAAAGUGGGUGACCUGGACCCGGAAAAUAUCUGCCUGAAAGGAGAAGCAUCCUUUCCCAUGAUCUGUGUGAACCUGCCCUGGAACAUCAAAGGAAAUGAAAAAUAUGAUAAGCUUCUGACACAGCUUGUAAAGCCCCUGGAACAAUACAGACAGAGGAAUAAUAUAGUUGUUCAGAAGAAGACUCAGAGCCCGAAGACCGAGGCCUUGAAUUCUCAGACCCUGGUGACUCAGACCCCAAAGAAUCUGAUUCCAAAGACUCGGAACCUGAAGCCCUGCGUGCCUGGCUCUGUCACUGUACCAGACACUCAGCUGCAGACAGACAUGGUGAGGAUGCUGAUAGAGGAGGCUGCUUUGGAGCUGCAGGAAAAGCUCACAUCCCAUCCCCCGAAGAGCGGGUUCCCUGACAAGGAGCUGUGCCAGAGCCUUGUCAAAGUUGAGCUGCCCGAGUACGUCCUGGACAUGGGCACUGUCCGUAAGGGUUACACUGAGAGAAGCACUCUGGAGAUCACCAACCCUGGGCAGAUCCCAGUGUCCUUCCAGGUCAAGGAAUCUGUCCUGCAGGACACAGGUUUCAGCAUGAACCUGGACCAGGUGCAGGGCUUGUCCCACAGCUACACCAAGAUGUUUGACGUGCGCUUUGAAAGUGCCCGGCGGCCACGGGGUGACGUGGAUGUGCUGCUGCCCAUAGAGGUGACAAAAGGCCCCACAUAUAACAUCCGUCUCCAUGCCACUGUGUCUGAACUGUCAGUCGAACUCUCCAAGAACACUCUGCACUUCCCUGCUAUCGUCGUUGGGCAGUGCAAGGUUGAGACAAUCCAGCUCUACAACUGGUUCCGAGUACCCUGCAGAUGGUCCAUCAAGCCUGUUCUGAAGAACAAAACUGUACGUCAGAAGCAGCAGGCGGUGGAGGAUGAGCACUGUCCCUUUGAAGUGAUGCCCUCCAAAGGAACCCUUUGUGCAGGAAGGUGGCAAAAUCUGCAAAUCCAAUUUACACCCAAGGAGGAGAGGUCUUACAGGAAUGAGUUGGAGCUUAACAUUUUUGGGAGCAGCAAUCGCUUAAAGCUGCACCUCUCAGGACAAGGUCUGGAGCCACGGUUGGAGUUCAACCCCCCAGCACUAAAGAUGGGAUGGGUGCUGGUGGGCAGCGAUGGGGUGGAGGCCACAGUGGUGGUGAAGAACCCAUGCAACUUCCCUAUUGAGUUUUAUUCACUGGAUUUUGAUGAGAAGUACCUUCAAGAGGAGAAGAUCCUGCGGAUGGCAGUGGGGUCUGAGUACCAAAAGAGCUCUUUAAUGCCUCCACGUGCCAUGGGUGAGAUGCUGCCCCCAGAGGUGAGGGAGGACUAUAAAGCACAGAAGAGGCUGAAGGCUCAACAGGCAGAGGCCAAGGCCAGGGCUGAGGCUGAGGCCAAUGCCAUGGGCAAGGCAACACCAGCAUAUCACAGGGCUGUCACAUUCUAUCCUGAGCCUAUGGUCAAAGUGACAGGGACUCCUGUCUCUCGGGCUGUCAUGCGCCACCUGGGCACUGACCCGUCUUCAGGGAGGCGUGAAGCAGAGCAGCACCGAGGGAUUGUUGUCAUCGUCCAUGGGCCACCCCGGGCAGGAAAGACAGAGAUAGCAGCAGGCCUGUGUCAGUAUUACGACGCUGCUCACUUGUCCAUUGACACCGUGGUGAAAGAGGCCAUGGCCAACGAUGAGAGCCAGGCGGGGCUCUCUGCCCGGGAGCUCUGCACCAAGGCUGCCAUGGAGCAAAAAGGCAAAGACAAAGGUAAAAAGCCUCAGCUCACUGCUCAGAGCAAGAAUAAACAAGCCUCUGGGGAAAAAAUCAACAAGAAGGAUGCCAAAGGCAAGACCCCUCCAGCACAAAAGAAGAAGGAGCCAGCUAGCAAAGUUGACAAAAAGGACACCAAGUUCACAGUUUCCACUGCUCCUGCGCCCCAGCAGCUGAACAUCAUCAGCAGUCAUGGGAAAGAGCUGAACUGCUUGAGCUGUGUGCUGCCUGAGGACCUGCUGGUGGACAUCCUCAGUGAGAGGCUGAAGCAUAAAGACUGCUACAGGGGAGUGGUCUUUGAUGGCUUGGAGAGCCUCUUUGCAAGCAGCCUGGAAUCUUCUCUGCUCUGUGUACUCAGAGCUGUCAAGAGUUGUCAUCAUAUCUACAUGGUGAACCUGCAUCAGGAUUAUGCUUCUUGGAAAGCCAAGGACAAAGCUGAAAGAAAGAGAAAGGAAGCUGAAAGAGAGAAGGAAGAAUUGCAGCAGGAAAAAGCUAUGCAGAGGAACAUAGAACACUUCUUGCAAAAGGAUGAGGACAAGUAUGAUGCCCUCCCUGAGGAGAAGAAAGCAGAAGUGGAUAAAAUAAUACUGGAAAGGAAGAGUACACAGAGGGAGAGGGAGCUGAAGCAGCUGGUUCAAAAGCUUGAGAAGGAGCCAAAAGCCUUAGAGGAGGAAGAGAGGCAGAAGGAGGAAGAGAAGCAGAAGAAGGAAAAGAAGACUGUCUCCUUCGGGAAGCAGCCUGCAAAACCAGAGAAGGAAACCAAACCCCCAGAGAAGAAGGAAACCAAAGCCCCAGAGAAGAAGAAAACAAAAAUCCCAGAGAAGAAGGAAACCCUGGAGAAGAAGGAAACCAAAUUCCCACAGAAGGAGGCACCCAAAGCCCCACAAAAGAGGGGAACCAAAGCCCCACAGAAGAGGAGAACCAAAGCCUCUGGGAAGGGGGAAACCAAAGUCCCAGAGAAGGAAACCAGAGCCCCAGAGAAGAAAGGAACCAAAGCCCCAGAGCAGGGGGAAGCCAAAAUCCCAGAGGACGCAGCUGAGAUGGAGAAGAUCUUGAUCCUGAGGUUUCAGAUCUAUGAGUCAUCGCAGCAGGACAUUGCACAGGUUUUCUCCUACUGGGACAGGGUUCAGGGUACCGUGCAGUUACCUGUGAUCCAAAAGGGAAACAAGUCCCAGCCUUCAGCUGAAAACAAAGGUCAGAAGGCCAAUAAGCCUCAGGAGAAAGUGGAGAAGAAGCCUAAACAUGAACGUGGAGGCCAAAGCAGUCUUCAGUCAUCUCAGCUUCAAAGCAAAGUUGCAGAAGGGGCAGUCAGAGACAAGCAUGUCGGGGUGCCAUGCCUGGACAUCCAGGUCACAGAUCCAAAGGCCAUGAUUGGGGAGAUCCUGAGGGAUGGGAAGCUGCCAACGGAAGACCAGAUGCUGAAACAUCUGGGACUGCAUCCCAACAGCUCUUCCCUUCCCCCUGGUGCUGUCCUCUCCAUGGUCGAGUACCCAGAGGAGCGGCUGGGCUCUGCAGAGUGUGUGGAGCCCUUCACUAUUGUGGCACCAAAAGGCAAUCUGGCCAAGGCCCCACAUGCGAGGGGCAGUUCUGCCAAGGGCCAACGAAAGACGGGUAAAGCAGCCAGCAGAGACAGCUCUGCAAAGGAGAAGCAGAUCUCCACACAGAGAACAGAAAGUCCCCGGGAUUCCUCUGCAAGAAGACCCAAAACUGCACUGGCAAGUCCCUCAACCCCCACAGAAUUCCUCAGGCUGAAACGGUACCGGUGGAUAGUGCCUGCCCAUGGUAAGGUGGAACUGAAGGUCCACUUCUCCACCAAAAAGCCAGGGAAGUUUGAGCAGACACUGAGGUUUGAGCUCGUGCAGACAAAGCGCCAGUACGAGCUGCCCUGCAGUGGCACCGGCCUGUACCCCAGCAUCAGCCAGAACCCACGGGUGGUGUUUCCACAUUGGAGGGAGACCAUGGAGGAAAAUGAAAUCAUAUUCAAGGAAUAUGUUGAGAGCACAAAGCAAUUCCACUUUGGACCGCUGCUGUGUGGAAAAUCAAGAGAGUGGUACAAGGCCCAGAAAUGUCCCAGCAACUCAGAGAAUCUAACCAUCCUCAACAACUCCCCCGCGGAUGUAGAGGUCCAGUUCUCCUUUGAGAAUGCUGGGAAAGCAGAGACGUUCCUUUUGGACCCUCCCAGCAUGACACUGAAACCCAAGGAGAAGCAGGAGCUGACCAUUUGGGCAUACCCCACUUCCCCUGGCUUCCUGGAAGACAAACUCAUCUGCAGCAUUGGGAAGAACCCGCACCCAGUGAUCUUCAGCCUGUGCUGCCAUGGGGUGGACAUGAAACUGGAGGUCAGCCCCCUGGAGCUGUCUUUUGACAAGCUGCUUCUACACAGGACUGACAGCAGGACCUUGGUCCUGAAAAACAACAGCCUGCUGCCUAUGGCCUGGCGGCUCAAUGGGCUGGAUGACCUUGUUGAGAACUUCUCCUUGUCACAAGACAAUGGCACCCUUGAUCCCCGCUCAGAGUUUGAAGUGACACUGCAUUUCAAGGCUGAGCAGAUUGGCAGCAUUGAGAGGACCCUCCAACUAGAGGUUUCAGAUACAGAAAACAUCCUAGGGAUUGUUCAGGCUGAAAACAUCGAAAUCUCUGCAGAGGUCUAUGAUGUUUCUCUGAGCAUCGACAUGCCUGAAGGUCCAGAUGGAAGCUUGGAAUUUGGAACCAUAAAUGUCCUGGAUAAUGAGAAGAAAGUCCUCAAUCUAAAGAACAAAGGGGUAUACAACAUUGAGUACAGUUUCAUGCUGAAGGGUGCAGAUCCCAGGAUGCAAGACUUGGCAUCCCACUUCACUGUUGCGCCUCAGUCGGGCGUGCUGAUUGCCUCCAAGCCUGCUGUGAAUGUUGAGAUACUCUUCCACCCCACAUGUGAAAUCCUCCUCAACAACAAACCCAUCCUGUACUGCCAGGUGAUAGAUGCCAGCUCAGGUGAAGGAGGCCAGGCUGUCGCCAACAUCCCAGUGAAGGUGUCAGCCAAAGCCGAGUACAGCAAAUACAGCAUUGAGCCUGCCCCACCCGUCGACUUUGGAAUCAUGAUCAAGGGCACCAAGAAGACCCGGACUGUUGUGCUGAAGAACAAAGGCAUGCUCAACUUCGAAUUCCACAUCCGCCAAGCACCCGAGCUUGCAUCUGCACUGGAAAGCAAUAGUAUGAGAAGCCCUGCACCACCCUUUCUGUCUGAGGAGGCACCACCCCACGGCUGUUCAGAGCAAGGGGAAUCUGCUCCAUCGGCUACAAUGCACUCAACAGGAAGGAAAUCAAGCUCCUUGACACAGAGUCACCUGAAUCUUGGCAUGUUCACGGUGUCCCCCUGCUCCGGCUCCAUCGGUCCGUGGGGCCAGCAGAUGAUCACAGUGGAAUGCCUCGCAGGGCAGGAGGGGACAUGUGAGGAGCAGCUCUACAUUGACAUCACGGGCAGAGACCCCAAGGACAAUCCCCUCGGCAUUCCCUUCACCCUGAUUGUCGAGUCCUGCCUCCCAGCACUCGCUGAGGAUGUCACAUCAGUCUUCAAGGAGUACCCGAUCUGCAGCAGCAGCGACCUCGGCCGCAAGCUGCAGUCAGUUAAAGGCAUGGGCCUGUUUGUCAGAGAUCAGAACAGAUUCAUCUUCAACAAGGUUCUGGUUGGGCAAGCGGCUGAAGCUCAUUUCAAUAUCUACAAUGCAAUUCGUCUGCCGUGUGACGUGGUCCUCUCCAUCAAACCCCUGCCUGGAAGGGAAAAAAGCCCUAUCAACAACAUUUUCAAGCUGGAUCCAGUCAAGAUGUCCAUUCCCAGGUUAUCCUAUGCCGUUGCUACGGUGACCUUCACCCCACCAGACAGGCAGAACUACGACUGCACUUUCAAGGCUUCCCUUGACAUCCCAAAAGGCUCUGUGGAAAUUAAACCCCAAAGCCUGACCUUCACCAUCAGUGGGAAGGGGCAGGAGCUGCCGGUGACAGUCGUGCGCCCAAGCGCUCGCAGCAAGAGGGGAAACGCCGUGCUGCGCUUCAAGAGGCUCCGGCUGGGGGAUUCAGAGAUGCUGCCCCUGGUCAUCCGUAACAACGGCAUCGUACCUGCCAAGUUUAUGCUACACGUGGAGGAUGAGCACGGAGUGUUCUUCUUGAAAGGCAGGGCCUCCACACUCAAGGUAUUCCACACUGAAAAUGUGGAAGAGGACUCCGUCGGAAACGAGAGCAAGCCGCCAAAGCAGCCUUUCUACCUUCUUCGUUGUGGGCAAUCGGCAGAGUUUGAUGUCACUUUCAAACCCACCCUGGUUCAACGUCUGGAAGGGAGGAUUUGUCUGUUGAUGGGGAACAUCUGCCUGACCCUAAUUGAGCUGGUGGGUGAAGGCCACAAGGAUGAAUUCACCCUCGAUGGAUUAAAGGAAGACACCCAGGAGAGGAAUGCUAAGAGCAGUCUGAAGAAAGACAUCAUUGAUGCUGUCAGAGUGAACCACAUACAGUUUGGGGACUGUCCUGUUGGGAAGCCCUGCCGCAGAACCUUCACCAUCACCAACCACACCCGUACGCAGGUCAUGCGCUUUGAGUGGGAGACAGACGGCCCAUUCCAGUUCUCCCCCAAGGUGGGACACCUCCAUCCUGGCUAUAGCAAGGGCAUCACAGUGACCUUGAAAGCAGAUGUCCCAGCCAUCUUCAGGAGGCACCUUGUGAAAUGUAAGGCGACCAAGAUCAACUUUGAGCUGCCACGAAGGAAGGUUCCGGACUGGGACGACCAAAUGGGCAUUGUCACGUGGAAGGAUACCGCCAGGAAAGACAUAGCAGCCAGGUGGCCUAAAAAAGAGAAGGUGGUCGAGCCAGUCCCAGAACCAGAUCACACUGUGGUGGAGGGGAGCAGCCAGGAGGCCGAGGUGUACCUCAGUGCUGUUGUUACCUACGCCCAGUUCAAACUAAGCACAAUGGAGAUUCAGCUCAAGGAUACCUUGCCCUUCCAGACAAGGACAAGCACUUUCAAGCUAUGCAACACAGGGAAGGUAGCCCUGGAAUACUCCUGGGAGGAAGCUGCAGAUAGUGAAGAAGUGAAGAAGCAAUACUCAACUGCUCUGAUGCGUCAGGUCCUCUCUGCUACUGUAAGGCAUCACAGAAAGCUGCUGCAUCGUUCUGGGUGGUGGCAGGAGCAUCCUUUUGAAACUCAUCCUUGUGAGCUGCAGCAGCUUGCCAAGCAGCAGCAAGAUUCCGAGCAGCAGCUGCAGCACGAACAGCAGGACUAUUCCAAGAAGCUGCGCUACUCAAAGCGUGUCAUUUCCUCCCCGGAAAUCAUCCCAGAUGCCAUCCAUGACCUGCCACUGUUCUCCAUCAACCCCUACCACGGCAUCAUCGCUCCUGGCCAGAAGCAGACCUUUUAUGUGCGGUUCUCCCCAAAGUGUGCGGGGAUGUUUCAGACCACCCUGCUGUGCAGGAUUCCUAGCCUGCAGCCGUCUCAGAAGAUGGGGUGGGUGACUGUAAAAGGCAGAGCCCGGGAGCAGAACAGUCUUGGUACACCAUUAGAGGAGACAGAGGAAACCCAGGGAUCUGAAGAAGAUGCUUUGGAAACCAGCACCAGAGGGACAGCAUUUGUGUCACCUAGAGCCUCCUGCAGGAGCCAGCAACGUUUUGCCUUCUGCUGCUGA